AUGGUUCGUCAGAAAAGUCAAAUUGAGCGGCGUGCUGUGAACUCUGUUCGUUUAUCCUCCUCUUCUCCGUUAUCUUCCAAAAUGCAUGUGCCGGAGAAAAGUACCCCGCCAAGUUACCCUGACGAACAUUCAAAAACAAACGCCGCCCAAGUGGAGCUAACCGCCCAGCGGGAAGUGACCAAAAUUGAUGAAAAACAAGAAAACGAAAAACAACAACGAGUGAAAACAGGUGAAAAACAAACGCUGCUGCGACAUACACCAAGGCUCAACCCCUUGAUACAUUUAGCGAUGUCUCCUACUGCUGCUCCGAAUAAUACGCCUGUGGAGGAAAACGAUCUACAACAGGGUGUUAUCUCUCCUUCACGUGGAGAGCCUUCCGGGAUUCCAGGGACAAAGCCUCAAACCGAGGUUUUGCCGCCACUUCCUCGUUACGGAGAGACUAAGCAAGAGGAAAAGGAGGUUGCCGUGAAAUUUGAGAAAAAAACGGGUACCCAAGACUUUGAUCACGUGGUUUCGGCUGAUAAACAACAUGUUCCAAAAAUAAAUACGCGUACACCAUCUAUCUGUAUAUCCAGUAGCAAUACGCUGCCGAACACUGGGAAAGGGAGUAGCACCUUAUAUCAAGACUCGCGCACUCCCGUGUAUUUGUUCAACGAUAGGAUAGACUCUGGUCAAGUGAGUGAAACAGAAACACUUCACGAUUCAAGAAAGGGCGAGGAAAUUCAAGCUGAUACUGGUAGUCAUCAAAAUGAACGCAUGCUGCGACAAAGCGGACAUAGACUCGAAGGCAAAAAGGGCAAUGGCAGAAACAUUGGUAAUCCUGGAACUGUUUCACAUGACGGUGCGAGCGGUAUUGCUGCGCCUUCAUCUUCGCCGAUCCUUGAGACCUCGAGCGCUUCCCGUGAUAGAGAUCUGCAUGCCACAGGAAGCGCCAUGACUCCAAAAAGACUACAUUUUGAUUGUUCCACAGAGAAAAUAGAUCCGGGUGCAGGCAUCUCAUCAAUUUCAGCUCAAAAGAUCAAUAUUACUUCAUUACUAAACUCGAGAUCGACAGCAGAAUCAAUCUCGCCCCCUCCAUCUACGGCAGGAAAUGAAUACACUAUUCAUUUCCCAUCCUCAGCAGCGUCAAAUCCUCCUCACUCCACAGGAUCCUUCCUACAUCCAAAAUAUCAAAAUCAAAACCCGCAGGUCUCAUCUACCAUGAAUAGAAUUGUUUCUCCAACCUAUAUGUUCGAAACCGAUCAGGUUCAUGGUCCUUUCAGUAAUUCUAGUAGUGGCAGUAAUAGUAGUGGCAGUAAUAACGGUAGCACAGCAAACAGUAAUAACAAUAAUACACAUAUUACCUACCAACCGAAGUAUUUCAACACAAAAUUCGAUGAGUUAAGGAAUAGAGUGUUAUUAGGAUCCUCAAACGCUUUUCCGAAAGUAGAGUCGGCUAACAAGUAUCCAUAUAAUAGCACAAUGGUCAACCCAACUUUGAAUGAUCAAGAUUCCAACGUGGAUGCGGAAGCUGCCGCAAUCAUUUCUCAGAUGAGGUCUUCCCCAUUACCCCCAUUUAACGAACAGUUCGGCUCUGGCAAUCAUGAUAGCCGACCGAAUUCGUCAUUAUCAAACCAAUCUCUCCAAAAUAAUGCCUUUAAUCCGUUCUCCAAAAGACUUUUACCUAAGCCAGUGCUUCGGGUUAACCAACGACCAUUGACUGGCAACCAGGAUGAACUCGUUAUAAUGGAAGAAGAGGAUGAUGAUGAUGACGGGUAUGGCGAUGGUGAUUACGAAAUGACCGAAGGGGGAUCAAAGGCACCAGAAACUGUUGCAUGGAAUAAGAAUGGAAAAAGAAGAUUGUCCAGAAGAAGAUCAGGCCCACCACAUUAUCAAUCUCAAUUGACAGGAAUUAAAAAUGAGAUUGGAGACCAUCCAGAUACUACGGCAUACCCCGCUGCGGAUAUCUCGGAAAAUGGUAUGCAUAUAAAAAGAUCAAGGUCUUCAUCAUUAUCUACUGAACACACUGGAUUAUUGUCACCGAAUUCCAAACAUGCCAAACAACUGAAGUUUAAAGAAUCUAAUUACAAUAAUGAUGUUUCUAACGAGCAAAUGGUCAAAUCAAGUGAUCAAAUAAAGAAAAGAAAUGCUACGGGGGCACGGUCAAGAACUGGCUGCUGGAUCUGUAGAUUGCGUAAGAAGAAAUGUACAGAAGAGAAACCGCAAUGCCAGAACUGCGUGAGGUUGCACCUCGAAUGCUUUUACGACAUAGUAAAACCCGAUUUUAUUUCAGAUCCUGCUAAAAAGGCAGCAAAACUCGAAGAAAUUAAAAAGAAAACAAAAGAAGCUAAGAGACAAGCAAUGAAAAAGAAGACUUGGUUAUAA